CUAAAAACAGCAAAACUAAAAUACCAUGUUGACCAGCCCAGAAGAUCCACUGUUACCAUACUACUAUAAUCAUGUACCCGAAGUUAUUGCUGGUGUAGAAGUUCCGUCAAUAAUAGAAGAUUGGGUUGAAAAUUACCCCAGUGUUGUGGAUCGUUUCUUCACACGUUACUAUUACAUUAAAGAAAGCCCAGAACCAGCACCCUAUCAAGUUCUUUUCCAUUCAAAUCGUGUGUGUUUGAUUGGUCUGGCGCCCGAACAUCCAGCAUUUGAAGCAGGUAUCAAAUCGUUCUCAUUUGAUAUUGGCAACACGGAUCGUAGCAAGAAUACCGUUAAAGGCAAAGGUAAGAAGGGCGGUAUGGUGCUACAGCAUGACUCUACAUUAGCCAUAUUGACCACGCAGCAAGAUAAGACCUAUAAAAUACCCAGUUGUGUUCAAAGUAAAUUAAUUGAAGUAAAUACAAUGUGGGUUGAAGAACCGAACCGCUUAAAGACAGCCGGUGAAGGGGAAGGCUAUGUGGCUAUUGUACUACCGAAACCAGAAGAUUGCGCAAAUAUUAAAAGCAGCCUGCUAACACAAGCGCAAUACAAUGAAAAAUGGGCUGCAAUUACGGCAAACUUCGGAAAGAAAAGUGAUGACGGUGAAGAGGGUUUGGUUGAGAAGAACGAAGAGAUUGGCACUAUAGAAUCUGCUGUUGCGGUUGCGUCAAAAACAGAUUAACAUUAAUAUUGUGCUAUUGCUUUUUUUAAUAAAACUUCUCCACUCAAAUACGUAUUUAUAUUACUAAUGUUUAUGGUGUGAAUUUAAAUAAAAUUUAAUUGUAUAAUUUUGAUAUGCAGAAUAAAUAUUUUUGAGUUCUUCAACUGACGAAAUGUC